UAGUAGAAAACCGGACAUUUCGAUAUUUAAACCGAUAUGCAGAAACGCUCGUGAAGAAAUCAAAUCUGUGUAUCUUUCUCUUCUCCACUGAAACGCGUUUGAAGGAGAAGGGUCAAAGGGAUCUGAUUCAAUCAUUUUGGCUAGAAAUUGAAGGAAGAAGAAUCAUGGGUUUCAUCGGAGAAACUGUAGAUUCCAUUAAAUCUAUCAAGAUCCGUCAGCUUCUCACUCAGGCUAUCACUCUCGGUAUGAUCGUUACAUCUGCAUUGAUAAUUUGGAAGGCAUUGAUAUGUGUCACUGGCAGUGAAUCACCUGUGGUUGUUGUUCUCUCAGAAAGCAUGGAACCUGGCUUUCAGAGAGGGGAUAUAUUGUUCUUGCGGAUGACCGAUGAGCCUAUUCGAGCAGGGGAGAUUGUUGUUUUUAGUGUUGAUGGUCGUGAAAUUCCCAUUGUUCAUCGAGCAAUCAAAGUUCAUGAGAGGGGAGAUACUAAAGAAGUUGAUGUUCUAACAAAAGGUGACAACAAUGACAUUGAUGACAUCGGUCUCUAUGCUGAAGGACAACUUUGGCUUCAUAGGCACCAUAUCAUGGGCAGAGCUGUUGGGUUCUUGCCUUAUGUUGGAUGGGUAACUAUUAUCAUGACAGAAAAGCCUAUCAUCAAGUAUAUACUCAUUGGUGCAUUGGGUUUGCUCGUUAUAACAUCCAAAGACUAAGACUACAAAAAAAGAGCUGGUCGUUGGUAAAGAAGUAGCUUCUGCAACGCUCGGUUCAUCAUCUUUCGGUGACUUUUAAACUGUAGAAUCAUAUAAACCUCAAUUUAUAAUUAUAGACAUUUUUAUCUUUAAAACAGCUACGGUUUUGUGACAAUCUCUUCUUUAGCUUAGCAGCCUUGUCUA